AUGGCUUUACUUACCGCUCCAUUCAUCGGAGAACGUGAGACACAUGGAUGGGUCGUAUCAAAAGCCGAUGAGUAUCAGCAGGUUAGCUUGUUAGGGAAAGGAGCAUAUGGCCACGUUUAUCUAGUUAACCACAUGCCAACCGGGAGACAGUUUGCUCUCAAGAAAAUUCAAGUAACUGUGAAUGAAGAAGGAGUUCCACAGUCAGUUUUACGAGAGAUAGCCACUAUGAAGAGUUUCCAUCGAUUGUAUCAUAAGAAUGUUCUGAGGAUGCACGAUGUGUUCCACUAUGUAGAUUCGAAUGAUCCCUCGUUUCUGUUCAUAAACAUGGUGAUCGAGAAGUGCGAUUGGGAUUUAUAUACGUUUUUGAAAGAAAUUCCGAAAGAUAUGCCAGAGCAUCAAUCAAGAUUCAUAGCUAGACAGAUUUUGGAAGGUGUAGACUAUCUCCACAGCAUGAACAUAAUACAUCGCGACUUAAAGCCACAAAAUGUUCUCAUUAACAGGGAUCAAACCAUUAAAAUAGCUGAUUUUGGACUUUCUCGUUGUUAUGGAUCUCAGAGCACAUUCACAACUGUGGUUGUAACUUUAUGGUAUCGCAGUCCUGAGCUUUUGCUCCAAUGUAAAUAUAAUACUGCUGUAGAUAUCUGGGCUGUUGGUUGUAUUCUUAGUGAAUUAUAUGCAAGACAACCUCUUUUCCCAGGUGGUACAGAAUCUCAACAGCUUAAUAUAAUAUUCCAAAAAAUGGGUACGCCUAGAACGUCGCAAUGGCCCUUGGAUGCUAUUAUCGAUCGAUCCUUCUAUGCCUCUUAUCCGGAGAAUGAUAUCAGGCGGUUGAACCCUCGUUUAACCCCCGAUGCUGCUGAUCUCGUCAAAAAAUGCUUAACAUUCUGUCCGCAACAGCGCAUCGCAGCAUGUGAUGCUCUAAAAGAACCGUAUUUUUUAAAAGGAAAUGACAUUAAGCGUUCUAUGUAG